GGGGCGCGCGACUGCUCUGGGCGGCGAUGGCGGCGGACGGGGACUGGCAGGAUUUCUAUGAGUUCCAGGAGCCGGCCCGGAGCCUCCUGGACCAGGAGAACUGUAACGGGAGCCCCGAGCCUGGGGCGGGGGCGGGGGCCGGGGCGGGUGGGGGCGCCGACGGUUUCCCGGCCCUGGCCUGCAGCUUGGAGGAGAAGCUGAGCCUGUGCUUCCGCCCCUCGGAUCCGGGCGCCGAGCCCCCGAGGGCGGCCGUGCGGCCCAUCACGGAGCGCAGCCUCCUGCAGGGGGACGAGAUUUGGAAUGCCCUGACAGAUAAUUAUGGGAAUGUGAUGCCUGUAGACUGGAAGUCAUCGCAUACUAGGACCUUGCACUUGCUUACUCUGAACCUCUCAGAAAAAGGGGUAAGUGACAGUUUGCUCUUUGAUACGUCAGAUGAUGAAGAGCUGAGAGAACAGCUGGAUAUGCACUCAAUCAUCGUCUCCUGUGUUAAUGAUGAACCCCUCUUCACGGCAGACCAGGUUAUUGAAGAAAUUGAAGAAAUGAUGCAGGAAUCACCGGACCCAGAAGAUGAUGAAACCCCUACACAGUCAGAUCGGCUUUCAAUGCUUUCCCAGGAAAUUCAAACUCUUAAGAGGUCUAGUACCGGCAGUUAUGAAGAGAGAGUGAAAAGGCUCUCAGUGUCUGAGUUAAAUGAAAUCCUGGAAGAAAUCGAGACUGCCAUUAAGGAGUACUCUGAGGAGCUGGUGCAGCAGUUGGCUUUACGAGAUGAACUGGAGUUUGAAAAGGAAGUGAAAAACAGCUUUAUUUCUGUUCUUAUUGAAGUGCAAAACAAACAGAAAGAGCACAAAGAAACAGCAAAAAAGAAAAAGAAACUAAAAAAUGGCAGCUCUCAGAAUGGGAAGAAUGAGAGAAGUCAUAUGCCCGGCACACGCUUCAGCAUGGAAGGGAUCUCAAAUGUCAUUCAGAAUGGCCUCCGCCACACCUUUGGAAAUUCAGGUGGAGAGAAACAGUAUUUGACUACAGUCAUUCCUUAUGAGAAAAAAAACGGACCACCGUCUGUUGAAGAUCUUCAAAUAUUAACAAAAAUUCUUCGUGCCAUGAAGGAGGACAGUGAAAAAGUUCCGAGCUUGUUAACUGAUUAUAUUCUGAAAGGACUGUAAUUGUGAACCUACCUAUACCGCAUGCCUUAGGGAAGCAGCACCCAUCUAAUUCUGCUCCUCAUGCUCGGGCCGCUGGCUCCUGUCUGUAAGCCCAGUUCUAUCUAUACUGUACCUGCUUCUGAUGAGCUGUCUGUGUGCAUGUGUUGUGGUUUUGUCUUGGCUUUGUAUUGUGAGGACUGGGUGGAAAAGCAGCAAGGAUUUAGACUACAGCGGAGACUGUAGUCAGAGAAAACGAAGACGGGAGUGCGAUGCGGAGAUGUAUUUACCCAAAUGUGUGUGGGAAGGUGGGGAAGUCGGGUCAUUGAAAAUGCUCUUUUCCACCCAUCCUGAAAGUUCACAGCUGGUUAACUGUUCCUCUUCCGUGGGGACCAAUAAUACGACACUUUGCCUGGGAGGGGGAUAUUGCUCAAGGGGAGAAUACUCCUUCCCCUUUUUUGGAUGGUUUGUUGUUGUUUCAACACAGAUCAGAGUGUGGCUUGGCUGCCUAAAUACACCAUCUUAGUUUUAAUGCAAAUGUCAGAAGUGAAAGAAGGUAGAAAAGUGGUCUCAUUUGGCCUGAGAAAGGGAGUAGGGUGGGCACUGUAUGGGCUAAUUGAGCUUCUCUUUCUCGCACCUGCUUAAUGACCCCCCUGCGGCCUGCCGCCACUGCUGCCUUGACAGUAGUACCCAAGGCUCAUUCUGAAGUAAUGUGCGCGUGGCUGCUGCCGUGCUGCUAGUUAGGAAUAAAAAUGUGUGCAGAAACGUGCACCCUUCUUUGACUUCCCUAGGGAUCCUGUUUGCUGUGUCACAAGCCUCAUGGUAUAGGGCGAAUGUUAGGGGCUUCUAUCUCCAAGUGGCACCCUAAGAGACAUGGCCUUCUGGUAUCUCAUUUCUGGGAAAUUCUAAUGUGUGUUGAGAGAACUCAUCCUUGUUGGGUAUAGCCUCUUAAAACCUUAAAAAAAUUGCUACAUAGAUCUUUGCAUUUAGUUCUCAUUA